CCAGUAUUAGCUCCAGCCUCAAAUAGGACGGUUUAUGUUUCAUUCUCAGCUCAUAAUGGACCGUACCCCAGGGGAACAUGACUGCCUUAUGCCUACCAACUUAUCUAAAGGAAAAACGAGCGAGAUUGUUACACCUGUAGGCCCCAACUCUAAUUUGGCUGGAAUCAAACAGCCUCAUCCUCCUCCAUAUGCAGGUGCACCGUUUAAUCAGACAGAGUCAAAUCCUGUACCUGGAGAGAUUCAAUCCAGCAUGAUUCAAAAACCCCGAAGGGUAAUUUUAAAUGUGGGUGGAGAUCGACAUGAAAUUUUGUGGGACAAUUUGGCGCGUUAUCCAUACACCCGUCUUGGACAAUUGGGAGAGAGGUACAGGUCACUUGGGGUAAAUGAGGAAAACCGUAAAGUUGAUUAUAGCUCAGAUGAUGAAAUUUUGAAUCUGUGUGACGACUAUAACUUGACUGCGAAUGAAUAUUUUUGGGACCGACAACCUCGCACAUUUCCAUUCAUCCUAAACUUGUACAGACGGGGCAAGCUGCAUUUUCCUGAGGAUUUAUGCGUGUUGGAAUUUGACGAGGAUUUGCAAUAUUGGGGAAUUGAUGAGCUUUACCUUGAUUCUUGUUGCCAAAUUAAAUUUCAGCAAAAAAAGGAACAGCUUAUUGCAGAAAUCAAGAAGGAUGAAGAGUUUCUGUCUUCUCACAAAGAAGAAGACUUUGGCAAAGGAAUGAUUUCAGGAAUGAGAAAAUAUUUAUGGAAUAUGUUUGAAAAGUCAUCCACCCUACCACAGAAGAUUACCGGGAUGCUCUCAAUCAUUAUCAUUGUCCUCUCCAUUUUGACUUUGAGUCUUUCCACUGUUCCAGAGUUACAAGUAUUUAAAUGCAAACAUGACAAUGAAUCUUUUUGUGAGGAUUUAUUAGCGUCGGACGACAAUCCCAGUCCAGGGCAACAUUUUAUCCUAACAGACAAUGAGAUUUUGGAAACCCUGGAAAUGGUUUGUAUUAUUUGGUUUACUGCCGAAUACCUCAUCCGUCUUUUCGCGGCUCCAAGCAAGCGCAAAUUUUUCUGCGGGGUUUUAAACAACAUUGACCUUCUUGCCAUUGCGCCAUUUUAUGUGUCACUUUUCCUCGUUCAACUCGAUACACCUGGUCGUUUAGUUCAAGUGUUGCGAGUAAUUCGGAUUCUGCGAAUAUUUAAACUUGCCCGCCACUCCAUAGGACUGCAAAGUUUGGGAUUCACGCUUCGUCACAGUUAUAAGGGCUUGGGCGUUCUGUUUUUGUUUCUGAGUAUUGGGGUCGUCAUAUUUUCUACGUUGGCAUAUUUUGCGGAGAGGGAAGAUAAUAGUGAAGGAUUUGGAAGUAUACCACAGACCUUCUACUGGGCAUUCAUUACCAUGUCGACAGUGGGAUAUGGAGACGUCACUCCAAAAACGACUUUUGGAAAAGUUAUUUCAGUUAUCACCGGAGUUUGUGGCAUUGUGGUCAUCGCAUUACCUAUUCCCAUUGUGGUCAACAAUUUUGGUCUGUUUUAUGAAGAACAGAAGCGUCAAGAAAAAUCGGUUAAGCGACAAAAGGCAUUGCAGGAAUUGAAGGAUACCGAAAACUCGAAUUCAUGGAAGGGAAGUUAUAUGAAAAUUAGAAUAGUUGAUCCAUUGGGAUUAGAUGAGAAGAAGGGAAAAAUUGAAGAGAAGUAAGAUUCAAAAACUGUACUACUAGAGUUGUUGAGUCGCAAUGCGACUUGUUUCAAUUGAAACCGUUUAAUUCUUAAUAAAGUUAUGUUCCUUAAUAUAAUAACAUUUAUAGUUUAAUACAUAUAUGUUUAAUAUAACAUUAAUAUUUGUUUGUUUGUUUGUGCAAUAAAUCAUUUUCAACCGCUCAAAAA